CCCGUUCAAGCUCGAGCUACACUCUCCAGCGAGGUUCAACAUGCCCAUGCUCACGGGCGACGUCUCCAAGCACGGCAUCCACCGCAGGAUCGACGCCCUCGCGACCCGGCUUCGACGAAGGCAGCUCAUCGGCUCGAGGGAGGUCGCGCUCGAGGUCAUCCGCCUCUUUCGCGAGGUGGUCGCGAGCGCCAAGUUCAGCUCGUUUGAGCAGCUCGUCGCCCACUUGGACGAGGUCGGCAAGGUUCUGCAGGAGGCUGGGCCCAAAGAACUCGUCGUGACGAGUAUGACGCGGCGCAUCUGCAUGCUCAUCCGCGAGGAGUACCAGACGGCGCUCGCCAACCACCUCGACGAGGCUGGGCCCUCGUCCCCCUCGGGCUCGCACACGCCGACCCGCCCGAACCCGCUCCUGUCGACCUACUCGACCUCGAGCCUCGGCGACGGCGGGGCAACGACGUCGGGCGCGGGCGCGGGCGGUGCGCUCCCGCGCGAGCACGAGUUCUCCAAGCGGAGCUUCUACCUCAAGCCCGUCUUCAUCGAGGCGAUCCAGGAGCUCAUGGACGAGGUCGAGAUGACGUACCGCAGCGUCGGCGAGCAGUCGACCGACCACAUCCACUCUGGCGAGUUCAUUUUGACGAUCGGGCACUCGAAGACGGUCGAGGCGUUCCUCAAGCACGCGGCGCGCAAGCGCAAGUUCACCGUCAUCGUCGCCGAGACGGCUCCUUCCUUCUCUGGCCGCACGCACGCCCUCGCCCUGUCGUCGGCCGGGAUCCCGACCAUCCUCAUCCCCGACUCGAACAUCUUUGCGCUCCUGCCGCGGUGCAGCAAAGUCGUCGUCGGCCCGCACGUCGUCCUCGCCGACGGCGCGCUCCUGUCGCUGUCGGGCUCGCUCCCGCUGUGCCUCGCCGCCAACCGGAUGCGGGUCCCCGUCGUCGCCGUCGCGGGCAUGUUCAAGUUCUCGCCCGUGUACCUCGGCGAGGCCGACUGGGGCAUGCGCGACUUGGGCAGCCCCGAGGUCGUCCUCGCGAGCACCGAACGCUGCGUCCUCGACCCGCUCGAGCGCCUCGGCGAGCUCGACGCAGAAGAGACAGAGGUGCUCAACCCGUACUACGACGUCGUGCCCGCCGACCUCGUCAGCUUGUACAUCAGCAACCUUGGUGGACACCCCUCGUCCGUGCUGUAUCGCCUCCUGAACGACAUGUACGGCGCCCAGUGACGACGGGGCACCCGAGCGCUCCUGCAACUCGCACAUACCGUCUACCUC